AUGGGCGGUGGACAUCAGCUGCCCCGCGAUGGUGAUUCGGAGCUCAAAGCGUCCGCAGUCUCCUCGCCCGACCCAAACGCUCACUUGCACGCAGUGGUCGAUCUAGGCAGUCUGCGCAGCAAUGGCAUCCGAUGCUCCAUCUCCGACAUGACGGCUCCGACCACCCGUAUUAUCCCUACAGUACAUUUCCACCGUGUCAAUAUCUCACUCUACGAGGCACAGAUCGACCCCAACACCGGCAAUCGUGUUCCUAUCCCCAAGUCCGUAAUUGACCGAGUGGUCAGUGCAAUUGUGCGAUUCCAGGUCAUCUGUGUGGAGAUCGGUGUGCCCGCAACCAAUAUUCGACUCAUUGCGACCGAAGCAACUCGUACGGCCCUGAAUUCCAGUGAGUUCACGGGGGCGAUUCGUGAGUCCACCGGGGUCGAGGUCGAGCUCUUGAGAAAGGAGGAAGAGGGAAUUGUGGGGGCGUGGGGUAUCGCAAGCAGCUUUUCCGAUGUGGAAGGCCUAGCGCUGGAUCUUGGGGGCGGCAGCAUGCAAAUGACAUGGAUCAUUUCCCAUGCUGGCGAGGUCCAGAUGAGUCCCAAAGGCUCCGUGAGCUUCCCUUAUGGAGCCGCGGCCUUGACUCAGAAGCUGGCCGACCUCGAACGCGGCAAGAGCAAAGGAGAGGCGAAGAAAGCCAAAGAACAAUUUCGCCGUGAGAUGUCCGAAAACUUUCGCUCCGCGUUUGACAAUCUUCAAAUCCCGAACAGCUUGGUCGCAAAGGCACGCCAGAAUGGUGGUUUUCCGCUGUAUUUGUCGGGAGGUGGCUUUCGUGGCUGGGGAUAUCUGCUGUUAUAUCUCCACCAGACUCGGGGCCAGAGCUAUCCGAUCUCGAUCAUCAAUGGCUACUUGGCGCCCAAGAAGGACUUUGAAGAUACCGAGACACUCAAAGAGGUGGCUCGCACGGCUGAUGAGAUCUUUCGUGUCUCCGAUCGACGCCGAAAGCAGGUGCCUUCGGUCGCCUUCCUCGUGAAGACCCUGGCCGAGUCCCUGCCACAUGGGAUCAAGGAGGCACACUUUUGCCAAGGAGGUGUCCGAGAAGGGGUACUGUUCCGUGAGAUGCUUCCAGUCAUCCGUCAGAAAGAUCCACUGGAGGUGGCCACGGCCCGCUACGCACCUGCAUCUGCUCAGGCUAUCGCGGCUUUGAUCCUGGCAGCGCUACCUCGUCCGUCCGCGCGCCGAUCGGUCCCCAGUUCGAUUACUGUCCAUCUGGUCCAGGCGUUUGCAAAUGCCCUCUAUGUACAUGCCACCAUGUCCAAGGAGAUCUCUUCCAGCGCGGCGCUCUACAGCACAAGUACCGGUAUUCUGGCCUCUACGCACGGGAUUCCUCAUGCGCAUCGUGCCCUCCUCGCUUUGAUGCUCCAGGAGCGCUACGGUGGAGAACUGCCACCGCGCGAUGUGGAUCUGAAAUCCCAUCUCCAAGGCAUUCUGACGCCGGAGGAGGUUUGGUGGACCCGCUAUCUUGGGAAGCUGGGGCUUGUUCUCGCCCAGCUGUACCCUAUUGGCUCCAUCGACACAUUUAAGCCGCGUAUCGUGCCUUCCGCACGCUGGGCGACCGGUCUCGGCAAAAAGGGCAAGAAAGAGGGUCUCGAACUUACGCUGGUCAUCCAAAAGGUCGAUUAUGAUCCCACCCAUUUGAAGGGAGAAUUGAAACGAGACGUGCAGAAGAUUGAGAAGGUCGGAAAACGCAAAAACUGGAUUGGAGGCCGGGAUGGUUGGGGGUAA